AUGUCGUCUAAUCCCAAACGAGCGUCCUAUUUUGAAGAGGAACUAAUCACAGUAAAGCCAUCCACAGAACUGAUACCAGACGAAUAUGAACACUUCCAAGAAACCCAAUAUAAAAUUGUAUUACAUACAUUUGUCGCCAAUGACGAAUAUUGUAUGAAUCUAGAACAAGAAUUUUUGAAGACUCUAGAAUACAUUGAAUUUGAGACUGGUUCCACAAAUAGACAUAAUCUCGAAACCGACAACUUUCCUAAAAUAAUGAAUGAAAUUGCCAAGGGACCAAACACAAAUGACGCUGGAUUAAUUUUAUUUUUUGCUGGGUUUACAAAACCAACGAGUCCAGGUCAACUAGAAAUAUUUGACGGAGUCAAACAAGAUACUAUAAAUAUUCAACAAAUAUGGUCCAAAUUUGAUUCAUACAAUUGUCCCGGACUGAAGAAUAAACCUAAAAUAUUUAUCUUUGCACUGUCUACUCCAGAAACACCAAUUCAAAGAGACGGCAAGAAACAUUUUAAAACUGCCUACGAUACCCCAGCUGAAGCAGACAUAUUGGUGAUUUACAAUAACCCAAUAAGUGGUAGUGGAAAUUUCUUACAAAAUUUUUGUGAAAAUAUUAGAUUAUUUGGCAAAACAGAAAAUAUUAUAACAUUAGCAUCGUGCACACCAUCCACAUCUACUCUUAUAAUAUCAACUCUUACCAGAAAUUUCUACUUCACUGUUAGUAACUUACGAGGCCACCAUCACAUUAUAGACAAGCAUAAUGACGAAAUUAAAGCACAUAUAAAAGAGAUAAAAGAAACUUUUGAACAAAAGACAAUAAAAGAAACUUUCGAACAAAAGACAGUAAAAAAGGAAAAACGUAAUUUUCUAGAUAGAAUUUUGGGUUCUAAACCUUCAUCUUCAACUAAUCCAUCUUUACGAGAAAAUAUAGAACCAUCACGAACAAGACACGUGUCUUUAACUGAAUACGAUGGGGGGAGACCCAAUUUAAGAAGAAAAAGUGAAAAAAGUGAAAAACCAAGAUGGCGUCCUUAA